GAGCCAAAAUUAUCACGCAUUCAAGUUGAACGAACCACGGUGGCAUGUGCGCGAUAUUUUCCAACUUGAUGGUGUUUUUGUUAAUAUGAUUCGAAAUCAGGUUUCACCAAUUCAGCUCAUAUCGCUACUGGUGGCGAUACCGAUGGUAUUUAGUGUCUUAGCUAACGCCUAUGUACAACACCAAGACAACUAUUAUGACCAAGAAAACCACCACCCUGGAUCACAUGAAAACGCCAUCGAAGAUCAUCACACUCCAGCCGCCUACAGUUAUCAAUAUCAAGUACACAGUCCUCACACCGGCGAUUAUAAAACGCAACACGAGGAACGAAUCGGAGAUACAGUUCGAGGUAGUUAUAGUCUAAUGGAACCAGAUGGCUGGAUAAGGAUCGUAGAAUAUACCGCAGAUCCACUGCACGGAUUUAAUGCUGUAGUCAAAAGAGAACCACCGAAUGCAGCGAAUUUACCAUCGCAACAACCUUUACCACAAGUUAUCGAACCAAAGCCUAUAACAAAACCGCCAGCGAUUCCUCGGCCUACGCCGAUCAAAGCACCUAAACCAGUCCACUUGAAAUAUCCUCCAAAAUUAUUCCACAAAGCUCCCCAGCCGAUUUAUUAUCAAACUACCCCAACCCCUAAAUCGAGGUAUGCCCCGAAUAAGUAUUCGUUUUUCCGUUUUCACGGAUGGCCAUUUAAUAUGUUCUAAGUCAUGGUCGAAUGUAAGUAUCCUAUAGCUAUUGAAAUUAAUUUUCAAACAACGACUGUCAAACGUAUUCGCGUCAAAUUGCAUUGAUUUUUUUUCGAAUGUGGAAGUAUAACUGCAUCAUUCAUGUCCUAUUAUCAUUGUCUAUUAUUUAAUCAUCUUUUUUAUAUUGAUAUUAGAAUAAUAUUUUUACACUCUAAAAUCGAAAUUGUGAAUAAAUCGAUUUCUUU